GUAAAGUGGAAUUGCAUGGGAAAAUCAUGGAGGUCGAUUACUCAGUCUCUAAAAAGCUAAGGAGCAGAAAAAUUCAAAUCCGGAACAUUCCGCCUCACCUGCAGUGGGAGGUGUUGGAUGGACUGUUGGCUGAGUGUGGGACAGUGGAGAAUGUGGAGCAAGUCAAUACAGACACAGAAACUGCUGUCGUCAAUGUCACCUACGCAACAAGAGAAGAAGCAAAGAUAGCCAUUGAGAAGCUAAGUGGGCAUCAGUUUGAGAACUACUCCUUCAAGAUUUCCUAUAUCCCUGAUGAAGAGGUGAACUCCCUUUCUCCCCCUCAUCGAGUUCAGCGUGGGGACCACUCUUCCCGGGAACAAGGCCACAGCGGGAGCUCUUCUCAGACCAGACAGAUUGAUUUCCCGCUGCGGAUCCUGGUCCCCACCCAGUUUGUUGGUGCCAUCAUUGGCAAGGAAGGCUUGACCAUAAAGAACAUCACUAAACAGACCCAAUCCCGGGUAGACAUCCACAGAAAGGAGAACUCUGGGGCUGCAGAGAAGCCUGUCACCAUCCAUGCCACCCCAGAAGGGACAUCUGAGGCAUGCCGCAUGAUUCUCGAAAUCAUGCAGAAAGAGGCUGAAGACACUAAACUGGCUGAGGAGGUUCCUCUGAAAAUCUUAGCCCACAAUGGCUUGGUUGGAAGACUGAUUGGCAAAGAAGGCAGAAAUCUGAAGAAAAUUGAGCAUGAGACAGGGACCAAGAUAACCAUCUCAUCCUUGCAGGAUUUGAGCAUAUAUAACCCUGAGAGAACCAUCACGGUGAAGGGUACCAUUGAUGCUUGUGCCAACGCUGAGAUGGAGAUCAUGAAGAAACUUCGAGAGGCCUUCGAAAACGACAUGCUGGCCGUGAAUCAACAAGCCAAUCUAAUCCCAGGGUUGAACCUCAGUGCACUUGGCAUCUUUUCAACAGGACUGUCCGUGCUUCCUCCACCAGCAGGGCCCCGUGGAGUUCCCCCCAGUGUCCCCUACCACCCCUUCGCUAGCCACUCCGGAUACUUUCCCAACAUGUACCCUCAUCACCAUUUCGGCCCAUUCCCACAUCAUCACUCCGGGUUUCCAGGGAGAGGUGGCUUCCCGCCUCCCAGGGUACUCACCAUGAGGCAUGGGCAGAGCAGGUACCCAGAGCAGGAGACUGUGAAUCUCUUCAUCCCAACCCAGGCUGUGGGUGCUAUUAUUGGGAAAAAGGGGGCACACAUCAAACAGCUGGCUCGAUUUGCUGGUGCCUCCAUCAAGAUAGCUCCAGCAGAAGGUCCGGAUGUCAGUGAACGGAUGGUCAUCAUCACCGGGCCACCUGAAGCCCAGUUCAAGGCUCAGGGACGGAUCUUUGGGAAGCUGAAAGAAGAAAACUUCUUUAAUCCCAAAGAAGAGGUAAAGCUGGAAGCCCACAUCCGGGUUCCCUCAUCGACAGCUGGCCGGGUGAUCGGCAAAGGGGGAAAAACCGUAAACGAGCUGCAGAACUUGACAAGCGCAGAAGUUAUCGUGCCUCGAGACCAAACGCCAGAUGAAAAUGCGGAAGUGAUCGUCAGAAUUAUCGGGCAUUUUUUUGCUAGCCAGACCGCACAGCGCAAGAUCAGGGAAAUUGUACAACAGGUGAAGCAGCAGGAGCAGAAAUACCCUCAGGGAGUCGUCUCACAGCGCAGCAAGUGAGGCCCCCACAGGCGCCAGCAAACAACAGAUGAAUGUAGCCUUCCCAACACGUGACAGAUGAGACCAAACAGCCAGCAGAUCGGGAGCAAACCAAAGACCAUCCUGAGGAGUGAGAAGUCUGCAGAGCAGCCAGGGUCUGCAGACCCCUGUACCUCCUGGGGUCCAGGAGGGCAUAGGGAGGGCCUGGUUCCCCAGAAACACCACUUGGCCUGCACCCAGCUUCCCCUGGCUUCUGCAGGCUCACAGCCAUCUACUGCCCAUCCACUCAGCUCCCUCCUCAGCUCCCAUGGCGCUAUCCCUUUGAGUUGAACUAACAGGUGAACAUGCUGAAAGCAAACUCCAUAGCCUUUUCUUUGUUGUGGAAAGUUGUCUCUGUACAUGUAUGUACAUAUUAGAAGGGGAAAGAUGUUAAGAUAUGUGGCCUGUGGGUUACACAGGGUGCCUGCAGCGUUAAUAUAUUUUAGAAGUAAUAUAUCAAAUAACUCAACUAACUCCAAUUUUUACUCAAUUAUUAAUUUUGUUUUCUUUUCGAAGAGAAAGCAGGCUUUUCUAGACUUCAAAGAAUAAAGUCUUGGGUGAGGUCCAUUGGUAUAGAAAGGAACUUUGAGCCACCCACACAAAAUUCACUUGGAGGGAAAUCUUGUCAAGGACACUUCGAGGCAGUUGUGGGUCACCUGUGUCUAUCAACAGAAGGGAUACCGUCCCUGAGGAGGGGCCCCAGGCCCUUGUCACCUGUUUGUCCCAUAUACCCAUUUCUUUGCUUCACAGGUUUUAAACUGGUUUUUUGCAUACUGCUAUAUAUUUCUGUCUCUCUCUGUUUAUCUCGCCCCCCUCCCCUCCCCCCUCCUCUUUGCCCAGCAUUCUUUUGAAUUCCUUCAUCCUUUUCUGUCCCCCAUAUCUAUGCACCCCCCCCAGGCAAAGCAGUUCUCUGAAUAUCACAUCACACAAGGAACAAACUCGAAACACACACGAACCAGCCUCAGCUGACACUUGGUUACUCAAGCGAACAAGAGUCGUUGGCACGAAAGUGGGAACCCACCAAACCAACCAGCCAACCAAACAGGAAAAUUCCAUAAAGGAAGAAUGUACUUUGUCUUUUUACAUUUUGGUAUAUAAGCCAUCAGCAUUUAGUGAAAUUAUUUCUUUCUUUAAAAAUUUAAAGUUCAGGAAAAUAGCAAUUUAUACAAGGUUGUUGGCCCAGGGCGUUAAAUUUACAGAUUUUUUUAAAAUGAGAAAAACACACAAAUAAAACUACCUCAGGUGUUUUUUACCUCAGCACCUUGCUCUUGUGUUUCCCUUAGAGAUUUUGUAAAACUGAUAGUUGGAGCAUUUUUUAUUUUUUUAAUAAAAAUGAGUUGGAAAAAAAAAAAAAGAUCUCAACUGCCAGCCUGGAGCAGGCGGCAGCCCCAGUGUGCAGCAACUGUGCUGACCCGUCUUCCGCUAGCCAAGAGCCUACGUGGCCUUCUUAUGGACAAAUUAAAAAUGUUUAUUUUUUAAAAAAAAAUGACAAAGAAAAACAGAGAGAGAUUAUUGGAGCCGUCCUGAAUUUCAAUAGGGUACGUGCCAUGAGAGCUUUUGAGCUGAAGGAUGACCACGUUCUGGUUAUGUAAGAAGCCAAGAAAAGACACCACCAGACUGCAAUGCCGGUUUCCUCUACUGCAAACAGUGUUCUGUGACAAAAAGGAAAAAAAUAUAUCCAAGCUAACAAGA